GGCGCGGUGCAUGCCGGGACGGCGGUGGGUGGUGCGUGCGCUCGCAUCAUGGCGGCUGAGUGGGCUUCUCGUUUCUGGCUUUGGGCUACGCUGCUGAUUCCUGCGGCCGCGGUCUACGAAGACCAAGUGGGCAAGUUUGAUUGGAGACAGCAAUAUGUUGGGAAGGUCAAGUUUGCCUCCUUGGAAUUUUCCCCUGGAUCCAAGAAGUUGGUUGUAGCCACAGAGAAGAAUGUGAUUGCAGCAUUAAAUUCCCGAACUGGGGAGAUCUUGUGGCGCCAUGUUGACAAGGGCACGGCAGAAGGGGCUGUGGAUGCCAUGCUGCUGCACGGACAGGAUGUGAUCACUGUGUCCAAUGGAGGCCGAAUCAUGCGUUCCUGGGAGACUAACAUCGGGGGCCUGAACUGGGAGAUAACCUUGGACAGUGGCAGUUUCCAGGCACUUGGGCUGGUUGGCCUGCAGGAGUCUGUAAGGUACAUCGCAGUCCUGAAGAAGACUACACUUGCCCUCCAUCACCUCUCCAGUGGGCACCUCAAGUGGGUGGAACAUCUCCCAGAAAGUGACAGCAUCCACUACCAGAUGGUGUAUUCUUACGGCUCUGGGGUGGUGUGGGCCCUCGGAGUUGUUCCCUUCAGCCAUGUGAACAUUGUCAAGUUUAAUGUGGAAGAUGGAGAGAUUGUUCAGCAGGUUAGGGUUUCAACUCUGUGGCUGCAGCACCUGUCUGGAGCCUGUGGUGUGGUGGAUGAGGCUGUCCUGGUGUGUCCUGACCCGAGCUCACGUUCCCUCCAAACUUUGGCUCUGGAGACGGAAUGGGAGUUGAGACAGAUCCCACUGCAGUCUCUCGACUUAGAAUUUGGAAGUGGAUUCCAACCCCGGGUCCUGCCUACCCAGCCCAACCCAGUGGACGCUUCCCGGGCCCAGUUCUUCCUGCACUUGUCCCCAAGCCACUAUGCUCUGCUGCAGUACCAUUAUGGAACCCUGAGUUUGCUUAAAAACUUCCCACAGACUGCCCUAGUGAGCUUUGCCACCACUGGGGAGAAGACGGUGGCUGCAGUCAUGGCCUGUCGGAAUGAAGUGCAGAAAACUAGCAAUUCUGAAGACGGGUCAAUGGGGAGCUUUUCGGAGAAGUCUAGUUCAAAGGACUCUCUGGCUUGCUUCAAUCAGACCUACACCAUUAACCUAUACCUCGUGGAGACAGGUCGGCGGCUGCUGGACACCACGAUUACAUUUAGCCUGGAACAGAGUGGCACUCGGCCUGAGCGGCUGUAUAUCCAGGUGUUCUUGAAGAAGGAUGACUCAGUGGGCUACCGGGCUUUGGUGCAGACGGAGGAUCAUCUGCUACUUUUCCUGCAGCAGUUGGCAGGGAAGGUGGUGCUGUGGAGCCGCGAGGAGUCCCUGGCAGAAGUGGUGUGCCUAGAGAUGGUGGACCUCCCCCUGACUGGGGCACAGGCCGAGCUGGAAGGAGAAUUUGGCAAAAAGGCAGAUGGCUUGCUGGGGAUGUUCCUGAAACGCCUCUCGUCUCAGCUUAUCCUGCUGCAAGCAUGGACUUCCCACCUCUGGAAAAUGUUUUAUGAUGCUCGGAAGCCCCGGAGUCAGAUUAAGAAUGAGAUCAACAUUGACACCCUGGCCAGAGAUGAAUUCAACCUCCAGAAGAUGAUGGUGAUGGUAACAGCCUCAGGCAAGCUUUUUGGCAUUGAGAGCAGCUCUGGCACCAUCCUGUGGAAACAGUAUCUACCCAAUGUCAAGCCAGACUCCUCCUUUAAACUGAUGGUCCAGAGAACUACUGCUCAUUUCCCCCAUCCCCCACAGUGCACCCUGCUGGUGAAGGACAAGGAGUCGGGAAUGAGUUCUCUGUAUGUCUUCAAUCCCAUUUUUGGGAAGUGGAGUCAGGUGGCUCCCCCAGUGCUGAAGCGCCCCAUCUUGCAGUCCUUGCUUCUCCCAGUCAUGGAUCAAGACUACGCCAAGGUGUUGCUGUUGAUAGAUGAUGAAUACAAGGUCACAGCUUUUCCAGCCACUCGGAAUGUCUUGCGACAGCUACAUGAGCUUGCCCCUUCCAUCUUCUUCUAUUUGGUGGAUGCAGAGCAGGGACGGCUGUGUGGAUAUCGGCUUCGAAAGGAUCUCACCACUGAGCUGAGUUGGGAGCUGACCAUUCCCCCAGAAGUACAGCGGAUCGUCAAGGUGAAGGGGAAACGCAGCAGUGAGCAUGUUCAUUCCCAGGGCCGUGUGAUGGGGGACCGCAGUGUGCUCUACAAGAGCCUGAACCCCAACCUGCUGGCCGUGGUGACGGAGAGCACAGACGCGCACCAUGAGCGCACCUUUAUUGGCAUCUUCCUCAUUGAUGGCGUCACUGGGCGUAUCAUCCACUCCUCUGUGCAGAAGAAAGCCAAGGGCCCUGUCCAUAUCGUGCAUUCAGAGAACUGGGUGGUGUACCAGUACUGGAACACCAAGGCUCGGCGCAACGAGUUUACCGUACUGGAGCUCUAUGAGGGCACCGAGCAAUACAACGCCACCGCCUUCAGCUCCCUGGACCGCCCCCAGCUGCCCCAGGUCCUCCAGCAGUCCUAUAUCUUCCCGUCCUCCAUCAGUGCCAUGGAGGCCACCAUCACCGAACGGGGCAUCACCAGCCGACACCUGCUGAUUGGACUACCUUCUGGAGCAAUUCUUUCCCUUCCUAAGGCUUUGCUGGAUCCCCGCCGCCCCGAGAUCCCAACAGAACAAAGCAGAGAGGAGAACUUAAUCCCGUAUUCUCCAGAUGUACAGAUACACGCAGAGCGAUUCAUCAACUAUAACCAGACAGUUUCUCGAAUGCGAGGUAUCUACACAGCUCCCUCGGGUCUGGAGUCCACUUGUUUGGUUGUGGCCUAUGGUUUGGACAUUUACCAAACUCGAGUCUACCCAUCCAAGCAGUUUGACGUUCUGAAGGAUGACUAUGACUACGUGUUAAUCAGUAGCGUCCUCUUUGGCCUGGUUUUUGCCACCAUGAUCACUAAGAGACUGGCACAGGUGAAGCUCCUGAAUCGGGCCUGGCGAUAAAGACCAAAGACUGUGCCUAAAAGUGGAGAGCCAGGGGAGUGUGGGUCAGAUAAGCAGCUACAGCUGCAGUUUGGUGGAUUGGUGGAGUAUGUGUGUGUGUCAGUGCUCAGCUGAGAACUGUAGGGAAGAAGAUGGAUGACCUUCACGCAGAACUCCUUUUGGGAUACACAUGAUGCAGAAAGGAUCCUACAUGGAGAGAGACAGAACUCUCUCAGCUGACACUCUCAGAGAUUCCUGAUGGGCUUUCCCUUGAAGUCCAAAGGCGUCUGCAAUUGUUUCCUUUCUUUGCCCAUCCAUGAAUGUUCUGUUUUGUUUUGUUUUUUUUAAUAAGAAUUCCGGCUGAUUUUUGUGAGGCCUGUUUAAAUUGA